AUGUUUCAAUUCAAUCCAGUGAUACGAACAAUGUUUGGUUUUAAAACAUCACCAUUUUUCCCAAAAAUAAAUCCAACUUCUCGAUACAUAAACUACCUAAAACAAUCUUUCAAAAGAUACCAAUCAAAUAUAGCUAAUUCUCAACAUAAAAUUACACCACCACCUCCUCCACCAAAACAAGCAAAAGGAAUCAAAGCAUUAAUGAAAGAAUAUGGUUAUCCAGCAUUAGGUGUAUAUUUAGGAUUAUCAAUGAUAGAUUUACCAAUAUGUUAUAUAUUAGUACAUUCAUUAGGUCAAGAAAAAAUUGAAAUUUAUGAAAAUAAAAUAAAACAACAAUUUGGUUAUGGAUUAAGUGAUGAAGAAUUACGUCAAAAGCAAUCUAUAAACAAGAUUGAAAAAGAUAUUGAAGCAAAAGAAUAUGAAGAAUAUACAAAAUCACAACCAAACAAGGAGAAAGAUAAUUGGUUUACAUAUAUAAAAAAUCAAUUUUCAUGGACUGAAUUUGCAAUAGCUUAUGGUAUACACAAAAGUUUAAUAUUUAUAAGAUUACCAAUAACAGCAGCAGUAACACCAGGAUUAGUUGUUAUAUUAAGAAAAUGGGGUUUUAAAAUUGGUACUGAUAAAUUAAGUACAACAGCUUCAAUUGCAAAAGAUUUAGCUAAAUCUGGUUAUAAAGAUAUUACUGCUUCAUCUCCUAAAUUUGGUACUAAACCUGGUAAAAGAAAAUGGUGGUGGUUUUUUUAA